AUGGAUAAAGAGGAAGAAACUGGUAGCCCUAGUUGGGGUGCUUCGUUUUUCGCACAAACGGAAGAUGUUGCUAGAGCAGUUGCUGCUGUAGCAGCCGCUGCUACUGCCACUCAUUCUCCGAGGCCAUCUGUUGUAUAUUCAUCUAACGAUGAUGGUGGUAAUAGCCCACUUAAAAGACUUCAACGCCAUGUUACGAAUGUGCUAAAAGGUUUCUCACAUCCUCCUGAAGUGAAACGUGGAACCUACAAUCCAGAAGUUUUGACUAGCCAGAAGCGACAAUGGGCAAGCUUUCAGUUGCAGUACUUGGAUCAUAGGUCUUUAAAGCUGCCGACAAGGCUUUUCGAGAGCAUGGUUGUUUUGGGGCUUCACCCAAAUUGUGAUAUUCAGGCACUUCAAAGGCAAUAUAUUGCAAGAAAGCAUGAGGGUUUAGGAAGAUUGCGCAGUUCACGUAGUAGUCAGAAUUUCUCUCGUGUGGAACCCAAUCUUGAACCUCAGGUGUUAUUUGUUUACCCUCCGGAAAAGCAGGUGCCUCUUCAAUACAAGGAUCUCCUUUCAUUUUGCUUCCCUGGAGGCGUAGAGGUUCACGCUGUUGAGAGAACUCCUUCUAUGAGUGAGUUGAAUGAAAUUCUUUUGGGACAGGAGCAUUUUAAACGGACCGAUCUGUCCUUUGUAUUCCGGUUACAGGUUGCUGAUGAUUCAACAUUGUAUGGAUGCUGCGUGUUAGUGGAAGAGCUAGUGCAAAAACCUUCUGGAUUGCUUUCCAUGAUAGCAGAGAAACAUCCUUCUCGCCCAUCUUUGAGUCGCCAUAUAUUAACCACUAAGAGAUGCUAUUGCAUUCUCUCAAGGGUUCCCUCAUUUGAAUUACAUUUUGGUGUAUUGAAUAGCAUCUUCACAGAAGAAAGGUUGGAACGAUUAACAAAAGGUAUUGAUCUUUUAGAUUUAGAAACCCCAAAGGAUUAUGGCAAUGGCGAAAUUUUAGAAGAAAAUACAGAAGAAACUUCACAUAGCAUAUCACUAAGUAGUAGAACCGAGGAGAACAUGGUGAAUGGAACAGCAGAGUUUUCUCAAUCAAGUUUAAAAGAUUCUUCAUCUGGGAGAGUUGCAGAUAAUGGCAUUCACCUAGAGAAUCAAAUGCUUGAUGGGGAUUUUAAUGUGUUGAAGGGAAGGGUGAUUGAAAAUGUUGUUGUUCCAAUUGAUCCUGAAACCAAGACGGCCAGUUCCAAGAGAGAAUCUGAUGUUGCAAAUGCUGAAGUUUCUGAGGUCUAUGUUGAUGAUUUCUCUGCAAACAAGCAAGCUGGAGAAAGGCGAUUACCAAAUGCUGUUCUACCUCUCCUGCGUUAUUAUCAGUAUGAAAGCUCUGAAUCUUCCUCCAGUUUUCAGGGCUCUCCUAGCGAGGACAGAAAUUUUAGGAGUGAUGUUGAUGAUACAGAGACGGAAGAGGCAUCUUUCUCUGGCCAAGAUGAUUCUGACCUCAUUGAUAUUCUUGAAUGGGCUAAGGCAAACAAUCAUGGAUCAUUACAGAUAAUAAGCGAAUACUACCAAUUACGUUGCCCUGCUAGAGGUUCCACUGUUAGAUUUCAUCCUUUGGAGCACUUGCAUCCCUUGGAAUAUCAUAGACCAGAAACAACCGUUUUACAUAUUGCUGGCUCAACCAUUGAUUUGAGGUCGUGCAGUACAAGUCUAGAAUUUGCUGAGGCACAGGGUGCACUCUCGGUAGAGGAGGAAGCAACUGCAUUAUCAGUAUGGGCUAUUGCAUGCAUAUGUGGCUCCUUACGGCUUGAAAAUGUAUUAACAUUGUUUGCAGGAGCACUGUUGGAGAAGCAGAUUGUAAUUAUUAGUUCCAAUUUGGGUAUCUUAUCUGCCUCAGUAUUGUCAAUUAUCCCUCUGAUCCGUCCCUACCAGUGGCAAAGCCUGCUAAUGCCGGUUUUACCAAAUGACAUGCUGGACUUUUUGGAUGCACCUGUCCCUUACAUAGUUGGUGUGAAGAACAAAACAAAUGAAGUGCAGUCAAAACUAUCCAAUGUAAUUCUAGUUGAUGCAAACAAGAACCAGGUGAAGUCACCAACACUACCUCAGUUACCACAACAUAAGGAAUUAUUUUCAUCCUUAAGUCCUUAUCAUGCAAAGCUUGUGGGAGAGAGUUUUUUGGCUAGGAAAAGGCCAGUGUAUGAGUGCACAGCUGAACAGGUUGAAGCUGCCAAGGGUUUCCUAUCAGUGUUAAGAACUUACUUGGAUUCUCUGUGCUCUAACCUCCGUUCACACACAAUUACAAAUGUACAGUCGAAUGAUGAUAAGGUAUCCUUACUUUUGAAGGAGAGUUUCAUCGACUCGUUUCCUAGUCGUGAUCGACCAUUUAUGAAGCGGAAAGCAUACUGA